AUGAACAUCCUUCAACAACUUGAAAAGUCUAUCGUCUCCCCCAACCAGCUCAAUACAGCUGGUGUUCCUUCGGCCUCUGUGGCCAUACUCGAGGAUGGCAAGAUCUCCGCACACGUCAUCACCAAUGGUCAGGAGAACACAGAGACCGUGUACCAAGCAUGCAGCAUCUCGAAAGCCAUCACCGCCCUCGCAGUAGCAAAGCUUGUCGACGAAGGUCGAAUCUCGUACGACACCCCAGUCGUCGACCACCUUCCGCAAUCCAGCAUAGACUGCAUAGUCGAUUCCAAAACAUCACACCUGAUGCAGCACGUCACCGUCAGCAUGCUCCUCUCCCACACAGCAGGCCUCUCCCAACACGGCUUCCCAGGAUACCUCAGCGAGCCGCCGUCUGCGGAAGACGUACUAGUCGGCCAGCCACCCUCCAACACCCCCAAGAUGCACUUCAUCACCUUCCCAGGCGCUCAGUUCAAGUACUCCGGGGGAGGUUACACAGUCCUGCAACUCUUCCUCGAAGCCUUGCUGGAGAAGUCCUUUCCCGAAAUCAUGGACAAAAUCGUCCUGAAGCCUCUGGGCAUGACUCGCUCCUGGUAUGGAGACAUCGCAGCUGGAGAGACGAACUAUGCGUCAGCGCGGUGGACUGCCGAGGUCUCCUUCCCAGGCGACGCAAAGUACCACCGCUUCAUCGAGCAUGCGGCUGCGGGGCUGUGGUGCACACCAUCGGACCUGCUCAGGGCGGUAUCAGCUGUACAGGACUCGAUCUACACUGAUACCGGAUUUGUGUCGCAAGAAACGGCUAAGAAGAUGCUCACGUCGGUCUACGAGUCGUCGAUGCUGGGUGGAAUGGGACUCGGCUGGCCUGUUGGGGAUCAGGCCUUCGCCCAUGCCGGAGACAACUGGCCUGGAUACACUGCCUACGUAUUUGCCUCUCACGGUGGGAUCAACCAUCCAGGCGGUUCUGUACAGCCGCGCAACGGAGUGGCUGUCAUGGUGAACUCUGUCCUUGGUCACGAUGUCGCCAUCAAAAAGAUUGUGAGCGCGAUCUACUACCUCAAGGGUUGGGAGCGGUUCAAGAUGCUGCCUUCGGGUUACGGGAAGGAUGAUUACGCUCCGUACGCUGCUCCUGAAGGCACUCCGGUAGAUGAGGCGUGGAAGGACUGGGUUGGAGACUGGGGUAGUGACUGGCAUCUCGUUGGUAAAGAUGGACCAGCCUGGCAGUACCGUCAAAUGCAGCCGAUGAAGUUGAAGCCUGCUGCUGCGCCUGUAGAGGUGUUUGAGGACGGUAGGAAGGAACUGUUUCUGGUUAUUGACGGGUUGAAGGUUGGCGUGAGGUUGACCUGGGAAGAUGGGAGGAGAGUUGUUCAGUUGUUGCAGAACGAGCCGGAGACAUUGAAGAGGCCAGAAUAA